AUGCUGCGACCACUGUGCAUUAUUCAGAUCCUUUUGCUCGCUUUCCUGGCGAACGAGUCGGAAUCCUCGAACACUCAUCUCCAUCGCUAUAUGCUGGACACCUAUAAGCCGCAGCACAAUCGAAAAACCCAAAUGAACUACAAACGACGCCGUACUGUAAGGAGCGAUCACGAAAUGGCUAUCGAUCCCAAUAAUCCAAAUAAUCCCAAUAAUCCAAAUAAUUCCGAUAGUCCCGAUAAUCCCAAUAAUCUCAAUAAUCCAAAUAAUCCGAAUAAUGACACAGUACAGUAUGGACAUUCCAAGGAGCCUGUAGUUACCUUGACCAAUUCGGACAAGAAGGUGCCGCUGCACGAGCUGAUGGUGAGACUCUAUCAGCAAAACAAAUAUAUCUGCAUGGGCACGGUGAUAUCCGAGAUGCUAGUGAUUACCACUAGCACUUGUUUUAAUUUGGCCAGCAGUGAAGUGGUCACGAUGAAGAUGUACGAUGACGAAGUCCUCGAAGGGAAAAGAGUCGCUCUCAACCAGACCUACCUUAAAGGAGCGGAUCCCAUGCUGGUUGCUAUUCAACUAACCAAGUCCCCAAAGAAUUCCAAAGUGACUGGUGACACCGUGAAGCUGUGCGAUUCGGAGCUAGAAAUAUACGAGCCCAUCGAGCUGCCACUGUGGAUCAGGAGUCGCCACAGUAUUCACUCGCAGACAACGUACAUCAUACCGAUGCAGGCGUGCCGACUCCGCAUGAGGGAUCCCGAAGCGAUGGUCGCCACCGACACUAUGAUCUGCGUGAAGAACAUGAAGUAUACGGCCCAGUGCCAGUUGGCCAUGGGUAAUCCCCUCGUUCACGACGAACGCAUCUGCGGCAUCAAUGUGGCUGGUCACAACUGUCCCGCCUACACGGGCGUGGAUCUAUACAUCAGGGUAUACGAUGCUCUCGCCUUCUCGAUAAUGGGCAUGGAAAUCAUUAAAAACUCCCGCAUAGAAGAUACCAUUUUGUAAAGGGUUGGCUCAAUCCAUUAAAUAUUAUAACAAUUUUACACAAAAGUAUAUUUAUCCAGCUUAUUUGUUUUGCCACAGCGAAAAGUUGCCCGCUUCUGGAGUAAAACACCACAAGAUGAGGUAUAUAAAGGACGAUUGGCGUCCACACUUCGGGUACAAGCCAAGCCACUACGCAAGUUCGCACGGAUGAACUCUGGAUUCAGUCUUUCCUUAAUUCAAUUUAAUUGUAUUUGUUAUAUCAUUAAUAAUAAUCCGAUAUAAAUCUUUCAAUUUUUCCAUUGAAUCCUCAUUAACCUGACAAACACAAAAGAUUCGAAAAACGGGUUGGGUAU